UUUUUGGUGGUUUUUUUCCACACAGGACAACGCUCCUCACUGAUUCCCCUCACUGCUGACAUGCUGGAAGAGGAUAAUGAUGAGAUCUGUUGGAAUAACCUGGAGAACUUCCGUGUGAAGCUGAUCUCAGUGAUUGACCCUUCCCGGAUCACCCCUUACCUGCGCCAGUGCAAAGUGCUCAGCCCUGAUGAUGAGGAGCAGGUUCUCAAUGACCCCAGCCUGGUCAUGCGCAAGCGGAAGGCAGGUGUUCUCCUGGACAUUCUUCAGCGAACAGGACACAAGGGCUUUGAGGCAUUUAUGGAGAGUCUUGAGCUUUAUUAUCCCCAGCUGUAUAAGAAAAUAACUGGCAAAGAGCCCAGCAGGGUUUUCUCCAUGAUUAUAGACACGGCUGGUGAGUCUGGCCUGAGCCAGGUGCUGAUGAACGAGAUCAUGAAGCUGCAGAGCGCGGUGCAGGAGGAGCGGCGCAAGGCGCAGGAGCUCACGGUGUGGCUGCACUCCAAGGAGGACACGCUCAGGGAGAUGUGGGUCAGGGACAGCCUCCUCCGCAAGCACCAGGAGCGGGCCCAGAGGAUGAAGGAGGAGAGGGACAGCCUGAGCAAGGAGCUGCGCAAGUGCAAGGACGAGAACUACAGCCUGGCCCUGAGCUACGCCAAGCAGAGCGAGGAGAAGAGCGCGGCCCUCAUGAAGAACAGGGACCUGCUGCUGGAGAUUGAUCAGCUGAAGCACAGCCUCAUGAAGGCUGAGGAUGACUGCAAGCUGGAGAGGAAGCACACGAUGAAGCUGAAACACGCCAUAGAGCAGCGCCCCAGCCACGAGGUGGUGUGGGAGAUCCAGCAGGAGAAGGAGCUGCUCUUGGCCAAGAACCAGGAGCUGGAAAACACUCUCCAGGUUGCCAGGGAGCAGAACUUGGAGAAGAGCCUCUCCAAGGAAACUCUGGAGAAUGACUGCAGCCAGACCGUGGAAGAACGCCGGGAGCUGGUGAACACCAUUUACAGCCUGCGCAAGGAGCUGCGCCGAGCCAAGGUGCUCCAGGACAAACAGUUUGCAGAGGAAAAAGAGAUGCUGGAGCUACAGUGCACAUCUCUGAGGAAGGACUCCCAGAUGUACAAAAAACGGAUUGAAGCUGUCCUGCAGCAGAUGGAGGAAGUGGCUUUGGAGAGAGACCAGGCUCUCCAGACCCGAGAGCAGUUCCACAUGCAGUACUGCAAGAAUCUUCUGGAGAGAGACGCCUACCGCAAGCAGAUCCGGGAGCUGGGGGAGAGAUGUGACGAGAUGCAGCUGCAGCUCUUCCAGAAGGAGAGCCAGCUCCUGGCCACUGAGGCCAAGCUGAAAAGGCUGCAGCUGGAGCUGCCCACACUGACCUCUGACCUGGAUGACUCCUCUUCUAGAGAUUCCCAGGAACUUGUUCUUCAUGUUCACCUGGAUGAAGAUACACAGGCAGCUAAAAAAGAUUGCCUGGAAGUACAAAACCAGGAACUCAGCCCUCGAGAGAGCCAUCUGCCCCCAAAAUCACCAAAUGAGUGUGCCUUGGCCAACGAGGAACUGGCAGAAAAAGAGAGGAGGAGGAUGAAGGACUGCUUUGAGCGUUACCGAAGGUCUGGGCUGCAAAAAAGAGCGAUGAGAAGGGCGCCCAAAGGCCGGCACCACGAGGCGGACUGGGAGAACACCUCUGGCAGCGACAACACCGACACCGAGGGCUCCUGAGAGAGGGACAGCACCGAGGUCCCCCGAAAGGGACAGCAAAGGCUCCUCGGGAGCCGCUCUCUGAGGGGAACACCAGCUUCUGUGGGGCGCCUGUGCCUCACAGCGCGCUGUUCACAUUCUAAAACCAUGCAAAAACCCAUGUAUGAAAAGCGCUGCAGCGACGCUCUUCUGUGUCUCUGACGCCCCCCUCGGUCAAUAAACAGGUUUAAACACCUGCGUGUGACA